AUGUCCUGGAUGUUUAGGAGAGAUCCUCUUUGGAAAUAUUUGCAGUCUUUCCAAUAUGGAGUCCAUGGAACUUUUUCACACUGCACCUAUCCCAAUUUAUUUUCCCCUUUUGAACCUGAAGACGUUAUCCCUCCAGAUGACUUUGUAGCUGGUGAUGAAGAUCUAGAUUCAGUUUUAUUUGGAACUUUGCGAGGUCAUGUGGUUGGAUUACGAUAUUACACAGGAGUGGUUAAUAAUAACGAAAUGGUGGCACUUCAGAGAGAACCUAAUAAUCCAUAUGACAAGAAUGCAGUAAAAGUAAAUAAUGUCAAUGGAAAUCAGGUGGGUCACAUAAAGAAAGAAUUGGCAGCCCCUUUGGCCUACAUCAUGGACAACAAACUGGCCCAAGUUGAAGGAGUGGUCCAUUAUGGAGCAAGUAAUGCUUUUACCAUGCCCGUUCAGAUGAGUUUUUGGGGGAAAGAAGAAAAUAGAAAAGCAGUUUUAGAUCAGUUGAAGAAACAUGGAUUUAAAUUAGGUCCGCCACCAAAAAGUUCAGGAUUUAAUUUUAAUAGCAGUUGGAGUUCUGAGAGAGCUGGGCCAAGUUAUAGUGUACCUAUUCAUGCAGCUGUGCAAAUGACAACUGAACAGCUUAAAACAGAAUUUGACAAAUUGUUUGAAGAUUUAAAAGAAGAUGAUAAAACUCGUGAAAUGGAACCAGCUGAGGCUAUUGAAACACCAUUACUUCCACACCAGAAACAAGCAUUGGCUUGGAUGGUUUCACGUGAAAACAGCAAAGAACUGCCUCCAUUUUGGGAACAAAGAAGUAACUCCUACUAUAACACAAUUACCAAUUUUUCUGAAAAGGAGCCGCCAGAAAAUGUUCUUGGAGGAAUUUUAGCUGAUGAUAUGGGUUUGGGCAAAACUCUUGCAGCCAUUGCAGUGAUCCUAACCAACUUCUAUGAUGGAAAGCCUCUUCCUGUUGAAAAAAUUAAACAGUUGAAGGAGGAGCAUAUUAUUGAUAGAUCUGCAAAACAUGGAGAAAAUGAUGACAAUGAACAAGUGAAGGAACUGUGUAAAGAAGAAUGUACUAGUAGUGAAGAACCCAGCGUUUCAAAUGUCAAGGAGAAAAGUACAGAUUUCAUGUCAGAAUUUACAAGUACCCGUCCCAAAAGAAGAAAAGCCACAGUUAAGUAUACUGAAAGCAGUGAUUCAGAGGACAUGGAAUUAAAUGAAUUACCACAUAAAAUUAAAGGUAACCUGAAAUCUAGGCCUAGACGAGAACAGCCAAUGACUAAAGGCAGAAUUAAAAGAUCUUCUAAGGCCAAAGAAGAUGCAGACUUUGAAUGUGCACUUGAGUCAUCUGCUCCUCUGGUGAAAAAGAAAGCCAUGAAAAAAGGAACUACCUUAAUUCAGUGCUCUAAGAAAAUUGACACUGCAGAGAAACCAAGAGCAACAUUGAUCAUCUGUCCUCUUUCUGUUUUAAGCAAUUGGAUUGAUCAGUUUGGACAGCAUAUAAAAUCAGAUGUGCACUUGAAUUUGUAUGUUUACUAUGGUCCUGAUCGCAGCAAAGACCCUGCCUUGCUUUCAAAACAAGAUAUUGUAUUGACUACAUAUAAUAUUUUAACUUAUGAUUAUGGAAGCAGAGGGGAUAGUCCAUUACACAAAAUAAGAUGGCUGAGAGUAAUCCUGGAUGAAGGCCAUACCAUACGAAAUCCAAAUGCUCAACAAACAAAAGCUGCAUUAGAUCUGGAAGCUGAAAGACGCUGGGUGCUGACAGGUACUCCAAUCCAGAAUUCAUUAAAGGACUUGUGGUCACUGCUUUCCUUUUUAAAGCUUAAGCCAUUUACUGAUAGAGAAUGGUGGCACAGAACAAUCCAGCGUCCUGUAACGAUGGGAGAUGAGGGGGGACUUCGGCGUUUACAGUCCCUAAUUAAAAAUAUUACCCUUAGAAGGACAAAAACAAGCAAAAUUAAAGGCAAACCUGUUCUGGAGUUACCAGAGCGUAAAGUAUUUAUACAGCACAUUACACUUACUGAUGAAGAAAGACAGAUUUACCAGUCUGUAAAGAAUGAAGGCAGAGCUGCAAUUGGCAGGUACUUUAAUGAAGGUACUGUGCUCGCACACUAUGCAGAUGUCUUGGGCCUUUUGCUUAGAUUGAGACAAUUGUGUUGUCAUCCUCAUCUUUUUACAAAUACGUCAUCUUCCAGUGGUCCCUCAGGAGAUGAUACACCUGAAGAACUACGAAAGAAGUUGAUUAGCAAGAUGAAGUUAAUCCUGAGCUCUGGCUCAGAUGAAGAGUGUGCCAUUUGCUUGGAUUCUCUCCAUAUUCCUGUGAUAACACAUUGUGCACAUGUGUUUUGUAAACCAUGCAUUUGUCAAGUAAUUCGGAGUGAGCAGCCAAAUGCCAAAUGCCCUUUAUGCAGAAAUGACUUAAGAGCAGAAAAUUUGGUAGAAUGUCCUCCAGAAGAAUUGAACUGCAAUACUGAGAAAAAGACUGAUCUGGAGUGGAUGUCCAGUUCAAAGAUCAAUGCUCUAAUGCAUGCUUUGAUUGAAUUAAGAAAGAAGAACCCCCAAAUCAAAAGUUUAGUUGUUUCUCAAUUCACCACUUUCCUGUCUUUAUUAGAAACACCACUUAAAGCAUCUGGGUUCGUGUUUACUCGUUUGGAUGGCUCCAUGGCCCAGAAGAAGAGAGUUGAGUCAAUUCAGUGUUUCCAGAAAACUGAAGCAGGAUCUCCUACAAUAAUGCUUCUUUCCCUAAAAGCUGGUGGAGUUGGUUUGAAUCUCUGUGCAGCUUCUCGAGUAUUUUUAAUGGAUCCAGCCUGGAACCCUGCUGCUGAAGAUCAGUGCUUUGACAGAUGUCACAGACUUGGCCAGAAGCAAGAAGUGGUCAUUACAAAGUUCAUUGUGAAGGACUCUGUGGAAGAAAAUAUGCUGAAAAUACAGAACAAAAAGAGGGAACUUGCUGCAGGAGCCUUUGGAACCAAAAAACCUAAUGCUAGUGAGAUGAAACAAGCCAAAAUUAAUGAAAUCAAAACUUUAAUUGAUUUGUAAUUUAUGUGGCUUUAGGCAAGGUGAGUUUAACUGAUCAAAUACAGAUUUACGAAAUCUUUGGAAGAGGUAAA